AUGGCGGCAGAGCCCGUGCGAGCCUCGUACUCGCUGCAUUGCAGCAUGCCGUGCCUGCGAGCCACAGACGAUGGGGUGGACUCGUUUCUGCCCCCGUUCGCCAACGCGGAGAACAAGGCCCUCGAUCGGCAGAUCAAGAGCCUGGAGCGGGAGCUCGAGUCCGGGGGGCUCGACCUCGAGGAGUCCGGGGACCGCAUCAAAAUCAUGGGCGAGCACCUGAAGAACGUGCGCAACGAGAUCCAGUACACGCAGUCGCGCCUCGAAGCGAAGAAGAAGGAGCUGUCCACGGAGGAGCACCUCAAGGCCAUGCUCCAGCGCGAGUGCGGGCGGCUCCGGUCCGACAUCGAGAAGCUCGAGGUCGAGCGCGACCAGGCCGCGGACCGCGCGGCGCGCGUGCAGGUCCAGAUCGAGGCAGGCAACGAGCGCAUGGAGCAGUUUAAAAUGAAGAUGAACUGGAACCAGGAGGAGCUAGAGUCCUGGGCGCUGGCGUCGCGGCAGAAGGAGGAGGACGUGGAGGCGCUGGCGCGGUACGGGCGGACGGACGACGGGCGCAUGAAGGACCUGGCGAUUGCGCUGGAGAAGGUGGCGCGCGAGGCGACCAAGGCGCAGCAGGACCUGGAGGACGAGGUCACGGAGACGCAGGCGGCGCAGAUUCAGCUGGACAAGACGGCGGAGGACUUCAAGGCGCUGCAUAUGGAGCGGUUGGAGCUGGUGCGGCAGUGGGAGGAAGCCCUCGAGGAGGUGAAGCGGCGGGACGAGGCGAUCCAGGCCGCGUCGGAGAAGUUCGCGGCGCGCAAGGCGGCGCUGCGGGAGGUGCGCGCGCGGCUGGCGGAGCAGGAGCGGUUCCUCGAGGCGGAGCGGGCGAACAACCGGGAGCUGGAGCAGCAGGUGGCGGUGGCGGACCGGGAGGUCGCGGGGCAGCGGGAGGGGUACGCGCGGGAGCAGGCGCGCGCGGCGGAGGCGGCGGACGCGCUCGCGAUCGCCACGAACACGCUGUCGCGGAUCCGCGGGGACUUGCAGAAGCAGCGCGCCAACAACGACAACAUCCGCGACGACCUGUCGCGGAAGGAGCGGCGGCUGGAGCGCGUGCGGGAGAAGUACGCCGCGGAGGCGGACAGGCUCGAGGGCGAGCUGGCGCAGCUGGACUCGCUCGAGAAGAAGGCGGCGCAGCUGGAGGAGAUGAGCGUGGUGGAGGCGGGGAAGCUCAAGUCGGCGAUGAAGGAGGCCGCGCAGCUCAAGGAGACGGUGUUCCGGAGGUCGGAGGUGCUGUUCGACCUGCGGCGCAAGGAGCGCGAGCUCGUCGCGGAGAUCAGCGGCGGGCAGGGCCAGCUCAAGAACAUGGACGCCAAGAUCCGCGGCCUCGAGGCCCAGGUCGUCAAACAGGAGGAGCUCAUCUACAACGCAGACUUCCAGAUCCAGGUCAUCGAGCGCAAGGUGGCGCGCGCGCAGGGCGAGCGCACGGACGAGGAGAAGCGCGCGCUCAACGCGCGCAUCGAGGAGCUCACGCAGGAGCUCGAGGGCGUCAACGCGGAGCACUCGAUGCUCCUGAGUCAGGUGAAGCGGGCGGAGGAGGACCUGUACCGCGCGAAGCGCCGGCACAUGGGCCUCCGCGAGGAGUCCGACCGGCUCGAGAACACGGUCGCGGCGCUGAACCUCGAGGUCGACGAGACGACGCGGGGCGUGAAGGCGGCCGUGCGGGACAAGGAGGAGCGCAUGGUGGGGCACGACGUGAUGCGGCUGGAGGCGAAGCGGCUCGCGGAGCUGCUGUCGUCGCGCGCGGACGAGGUGUUCUCGCUCGAGAACAAGCGCGCGCAGAUGCAGCUUAGCCUCGAGGAGCGCCGGCAGGAGGUCGACGUGCACAUGGAGGCGCUCAAGGCCGAGCUGCGGCUGUCGAGCGAGGACAACCACCGGCUCGUGCUGGAGCUGAAGGAGCGCGAGCAGGCGCUCACGCGCCUGGAGGCGAAGUUCGGGGUCCUGUCGCGGAAGGGGAAGCCGACGGACGAGGAGGGCGAGCAGGUGUCGCAGGCCUACUUCGUGAUCAAGGCGGCGCAGGAGCGCGAGGAGCUGCAGCGGGAGGGCGACGAGCUCGACGCGAAGAUCCAGAAGGCGGAGAAGGAGGUCCGCGCGCUGGAGACCACCCUGGAGCGGCUCAACGGGACCAACAACAACUUCCGGGCGUCGCUGCGCACGGCCGAGGCGGAGCAGGUCGCCGCGGAGCAGUCCGAGCUGCGCGAGCGCCUGGACCGCGCGUACGACCGCGUCAAGAUCAAGCGCGGCGCCGAGAAGGAGCUGCGGCGCGACAUGGCGCAGGUGCAGGAGCACCUGGAGCAGCUGACGCGGGAGGAGCAGCGGACGUCGGACGCGAUCACGCAGAUGGGGCGGCAGAAGGUGGAGACGGACGCGCUGAUCCGGGACCAGGAGGAGAAGAGCGCGCGGGCGCAGCGCAGGCUCGAGGCGUUGCGGCGGGACCUUCGCGCGCGCGCGGGGACGGGCGCGGAGGAGGCGACGCCGCAGGAGAUGGACGUGGAGCUCGCGGACAUGCGCGACCUCAACCGCGCCGUGCUGCAGGAGCUGCGCUCGCUGGCGCAGGCGAACCCGGGCGCGGGGAUCUCCGAACAGCUUGAGGUGGCGGGGCUGCGGGCGGCGGGGCCGGGGAGCCGCGGGGGGCGGCCGGCGUCGAGCACGUCGGCGGCGACGCGCGGGACGACGCCCGGGCAGAGCUCGCGCGGGCCGUCGCGGGCCGCAGUGGUCAACAUUGGAAUGUAG